AUGCUCACUGGCUGUGUGAACGAUCCCACCAGCAUUGCCAGGGGAGUACUGCGCAUGCGUCUUCCUUCUGCGCGCCGCCAUUCUCCGCUUCCCAGCGCUGUUUCUGGUGGUGGCUCCAGGUGGCUCCGCUUUGCCUGUGAGCUUCGAUCGUUAGGAUCAUUACCGAGUUCUCAGGACGACCAGACGCCUCACAGCUGGAAAAUGGUGUUGGUGUCAUUUGAAGACCUGGCUGUGGACUUCACCAAGGAGGAAUGGCAGAACAUGAAUCAUUCUCAGAGGACCCUGUACAGGGAUGUGAUGCUAGAAAUCUAUAGCAUCCUACUGUCCUUGGGGCACUGCAUUAACAAGCCUGAGGUGAUCUUCAAGUUGGAACAAGGAGCAGAACCAUGGGUGGUAGAAAAACCCCUGAACCAGAGCCUUUCAAUUGCCAACAGAAAGGAUGACCUUAUCAAAACCAACCAGAAAAGUGAAGAAGUAAAUUUGAGGGGACCUGAUGAAAUACCGCCUGGAGAGAAACCUCAUGGACCUAAUGUCACUGAGAACUCACUCCAAUACUUGGAACAUCUUAGUCAACAUCACCAGAUUCAGAAUAUACAUCAGGCUUUUGAACACAAUGGCCAAGGGAAAUGCUGUAACAGGAAGAGACUAUCCUUUGAAUGUGAGAGGAUUUGUGUGGAACAUACCUCUAAUAAAUCAACUGUCAUUUUAGGAAACAAAACACUGGUUGAAAGUAAAAAUUUCCAUAAAAAUGUCUAUCUCAGUAAAUGUCAGAAAGCAGGAGAGAAACUCCAUGGAUCUUUUGAGUAUGAUGAAUCUCUGAAUUACAAAUCAGAUCUUACAAUGUAUCAGAGAACACAUAUGGGGGAAACUGUCCAUAUAUGUAAGCACUGUGGGAAAUCUUUCAGCUGUAAAUCCUGCCUUACUACCUAUCACAGAACUCACAUAGGGGAAAGUCUCAUUGAGUGCAUUGAAUGUGGGAAAAGCAUCUACCGGAAGUCAGACAUCUCUAGAGACCAGAGAAUUGCCACAAUGGAAAAUCUUCAUGAAUGCAGUGAGUGUGGAAAAGCCUUGUAUCAGAAGUCAUACCUCAUUAAACACCAGAGAAUCCACACAGGAGAGAAACCUUAUGAAUGUAAGAUAUGUGGAAAAGCAUUUUGUCAGAAUUUACAACUUAGUACACAUCAGAAAAUUCACACAGGGGAGAAACCUUAUGAAUGCAAUGAAUGUGGAAAAGCCUUUUAUCGGAAGUCACAUCUCAUUAUGCAUCAGAGAACUCACAGGGGAGAAACCUUACAAAUGUAAUGAGUGUGGAAAAGCCUUUUCCCAGAGUUCAGUCCUCAAUAAACAUCAGAUAAUUCACACAGGUGAGAAACCUUAUAAGUGCAAUAUAUGUGGAAAAGCCUUUCGUUGGAAGUCAAGUAUCAUUAUACAUCAGAAAAUUCACACAAGGGAGAAAUCUCAUGAAUGCAAUAUUUGUGGAAAACACUUUUGCCCCAGGACUGCCCUCAUUAGCUGUAAGAGAAAUCAUACAAAGGAGAAACCAUGAUUGUAAUGAGUGUUGAAAAUCAUUUUACCACAGGUCUUCCCUCAUUAACUAUCAGAAUUCACACAAAAGAGAAACCUUAUGAAUGCAAUAUGUGUGGAAAAGCAUUUUGCCAGAAGUCUCAACUCAUUUUUCAUCAGAGCACACACACAGGGAAAAAAAAAUCUUAUAAAUGCAAAAAAUGUGGAGAAACAGUUUUCCAGAAUUCAAGGCUCAGUAGUCAUAAAAUUCACACAGAAGGAAACAUUUUAAAUUGACUAAAUAUAAAAAGGACAUAUUUUCCAGGAAUUACACGUCAGCAUACAUGACAGAAUUCACACAAAGAAAAAAACCGUGAUAAUGGAAUCUUUGUGAACAAUUACUUUGAGAGAAGUCUUCAGCACACAUGAGAAAAAUCACAGGAGAAGAUAUGUGGAUAUAGAUGAAAAUUUUCUACCAUAGGCCAGCUGUCAUUAUCUAUCAGAGAACUUACAGAGGAAAAUCUCUACACAUGCAAUGGAAGUGGAAAAUCCAUUUACUCAAAGACAAGAUUCAGCAAAAAUUAUCGAAUUUUGCAAAGAAUGCACUAUAUACACGUAUUGGAUGUGAAAAAAAAUGUUUUUGCAAAUCAGACUUCAACAGAUUUUAGGGUUUUCACAGGAGGAUGUAACAAGCUAUGAAGACCUACUGUGUGUUCUUCAAAAUCAUCUUUCUUUGUGUCAUACAACCUGCAUUUUUAGCUCCUCUACUGUGAGUAGGACAGUGGAAAUGAGCUCUGCUUUCACAUGUGAGUGUUAAUAAAUAUUGCCUAUACAGUGGAGGAUGGCCCAAGUCCUUGGGCCCUGCACCCAUAUGGGAGACUGGGAGAGGCAUCCUGGCUUCGGAUCAGCGAGAUGCGCCGGCCACAGUGGCUAUUGGAGGGUGAACCAACGGCAAAAAGGAAGACCUUUCUCUCUGUCUCUCUCUCACUAUCUACUCUGCCUGUCAAAAAAUAAAUAAAUAAAU